AUGAGAAGCAAAUCCAUCUUAGCUGGUGCCGUUAAUGUUCCAAUUGAACCAACAUCAAAUGUUGACUCACGAACGACAAACAAUAUUGUCAUAAAGAACUAUAGUUCAGAGUGUUUGAAAGAAAAAGAACCAGAACUGAAAUCCGUGAAUUUAAACACAGCUUCAAAUGCUAACGCUACAUCAGAUGUUAAGUUAGAGUAUCCACCACUGGACCAAAUUCUUUCAAGAGAAGCCAACGACAACCCUUACACAAAUGUUCAAACAAAUCCUUCAGAUAAC